AUGUCGGGCUACGAAGGUUUGUAAAACCAAAUAUUCGAAGCUGCAAUCCGCGCCGUCCGAACGCAGGCUAACCAUCAAGGUGCCGAACAGUCGAGCACAAUAUUCCCAAGGAACAGCAGCAAGAACCACCACGACGCCGACCAGAUCUCUCAACGUUCUUCAGUACGCUCGACCUCGUAGACACUUCAGGCAAUCGACAGCCUCAAAAUGCGAACUCGUUACCGCUUCCCCAGGACAUCAGCGCGGCGUUCGUGAGUACACACGAUCUCAUGGGUUUGAUCGAAGAGAAGAGAGGCUGAUAGAGGUGGACAGCGGACACUCGCGAAUGCAUUCGAGAUGAUGCGUGGUGGUGAGGCAGCUGCAAGUGCCACAAACGGCGGUGACGCGAACGAAGAACUCCUACAACGACUGGUCGAAAGCCUGAUGAACAGCGCGGAACACCCGCCGACAGAAGUCCACGGCGUCUCGGAUGAAUUCAUAGAACAGCUGGAGCGGGUACCGAAGAAGAGUCUCAGGGAAGACCAGAGCUGUCCCAUCUGCGCGAAUCCGUUCUUGGAUGGUGAGUGAAAAGAGUGCUACACAAGAGGAGUUGUGGAUGUAUGGAUCUAACGGAGGGAUUAGACUCACAUCCACUCGUCGUGCGACUCCCUUGCCAUAAGGAUCACAUGUUUGAUCUGGAAUGCAUCCAGCCUUGGUUGAAGCUCAAUCCGACGUGUCCAAUGGAUCGGCAGGAGCUGCUGAAGAAGAAGGAGGUGCCGAAGCCGGCGGAGGCUGACGAGGAGGAAGAGUACGAUGAUAUGUACGCAUAG